AUGUCUGAUGAAAUUCAUGAAAAAACCAUUGCUCUCCUUAGAAUGCAGAAUCCUGAUGAAUCCAUGAAGCAACUAUAUGACUUAAUUCAGGCAUAUGAUGAUUUUCCAUUAGUUUUAUUCAAUAUUUUAGGAGAUACAAAUUUAGAAGACAACAUUCGUUUUGUUUCUUUAACAACUUUAUGCAAUAUGGCAGUUAAUUACACUGACUGUAUCAGCGAAGACUACUAUGAUGCAUUCAGUCAAACAGCUUUUGAAGUUGCUUCGUCAAUCUUCCUCGAAAGCAAGGAAAAGUUUUCAAUAUUUGCAGCAAGACUUAUUUGCAAUAUAAUUUAUUAUAUCACAUCAGAUUAUACUGAUCAAUUUCUCAAUUUAAUAGAAAAUCUUUACCAAAACGAAAAAACAGUAGAUUCAGCAUUAGACUGUUUGAUAGAAUUCCAAAAGUUAGCAAUGACAUUGCCAGUAGAACUUCUUAGUCCCCUUUCUGAACUAAUCACUUCGAAUUUACAAAAUCAUGCUCUCGAAACUAUACUUUACUAUAUAGAAGACGAUAUGCAGUAUCUCAUGGAGCAUGCGUUACCUGUCAUAUUCGAGAACUACAGCUCAUUUGACAUCACAGGACUUUCAUUUGCCGUUGAAAUAUGCACAUACUGUUACAUCAGGACAUAUGAUGAGACAUGUGCCGAAUUCAUAGCAAAUGCGAUCACAUCUGACCAAGAUGUAAUCGCAACUUCAUGUAUUGACAAGUUAUACGAUGAAUCAUCCGGACUUUAUCUACAACCAAUCAUAAUCGAUGCAUUACUCAAACGCAUAAGUAUACCAAAUCCGGAUCCUCUUAUAGAUGAUCUCUGUACAUGGUCACAAGAGAUACUAGUUACAACAUCAAAAACUAAUUGGGGCCAAAUGAAGGAUCAGGUGCUUUCUUUCAUUGAAGAAGUAGAUGAUUACGCAUAUAAACUCAGAUUACUUUAUUGUUUCUUACCUGUUAUGUCUAAUUCUCAUGAAUUUUCAGAAUUCAUUAUCCAAAGUUUGGAAACAGAAGCCAGAGGUGAUGGAAUAUGUGCAUUAGUUGCAUUAUCUCAUUCUUGUCCUUCUGUUCGUGAAGAAUCCAUUGAUUUGGUCCUACAAUUGGCUACAGAUGAAGAUUUUUAUGUUCAAAAAAUGUCAUUUUUCGCUUUAGGUGAUUUUUUUAAUGGAGAAUUCAAUGCAAGUGAAGAAAGAUUGUUUAGAAUGAUCGAGAUAUACGAAUGUAAUGAUGGUGAAAAUAGGAUAAGCGUUGUUUACCUUCUAAGAAUGUUUGUUUUAAGGAUGGAAGUUUUUCAUUCAUCUUUAUUUGGUUCUUUCUUUGAAAGUAUAUUAGAAAUAACUAUUUGUUCAUAUACAGAUAUUAAUUUGUACGUCGAAUAUGUUUAUUUAGCUUCUGAAAUGAUUUCUAAGUGCGAUGUUCCUUUUUGUGAUGAAAUUGCAAACAUCGCAAUGCAUUUCUCCGAAGUAUUGAAGAAUUCUGAUGAUGAAGACAUUUUGGCUUCUUGUAUCGAAAUAUUAAUGUCUAUUUCAGGCCAUUAUCCAGAAAAUAUAUGUGAAAGUGAUAUACCACUUAGAGCUACACUCAUUGCAGUAGAAUUUAUAGGUCAUGGAGAACUUGAAGCCAAUUUUUGGAAAUUAAUUUCUCAAAUGAUCAAAAAUUCUCCACCAAUAUUAAAUCAAUGUGGGGAUUCUAUCAUUGAAAAAGCGCAGCAUGAGUUUUCUUUUUCAAAGAUAAAAUCUUCUGAAAUUAUAUCAGAAAUCCUUCUUAUAAUGGUUGAAAGUAUGAAUCUCGAUGUUGUUGAAUACUUUUGUCGUGCAUGUGCUAGUAUUAUUAGUGCUGCUCCAAGUCAUAACAUGAUUUUUAACAAGUUGUUUACAUCUUUGAAGGAUAUUCUUGUCAAGAACUAUCGUUAUAUAGAAGAUAUUAUGUUAUUUUAA